AUGGCGGAAAAAGGGCAAGCUUGUGACGAUUGUGGGCUCUUAUUUGAUUCAGGACACGAUGUUCAGAGGCACGUGAAGAGUGGGUGGUGUCCAGAAAAUAAGGAGCCUCCUUCUAAAAGGGCAAGAACGGAGGAGGAUGAAAAUCAAAUGGAUGAUGAUGUGGAAGAUAACGAGGGAUAUAAACAUCUAUGGCAUCUUGCAAAAGGUUGCAGCAAAAAGGUCAGAUUUAUAAGGCCAAAUGGUGACAGUAAGGGAAACAUGGCUGCCAAACAUUAUUUCAUGGUAUGUGCAGUUUUGUGGCAAACUCUCGCAUGCGCUGUUUUAGGUACUAGUAUCCUGAGUACCCUGGAACUGUCGGUCUACAGAGAAUACUGGGACACGGUGCCUGUAUUGUCAGUUCUUCCUAGUGAUUGCAACACCAUCACGACAUGUGGACAACAUGAGCAAUGUUAUUUGGAUACUUACGUCACUUCCAUCGGCAGUAUUCGGUAUAGCCUAGGAUGCAGGGACUCACUGCAAUGUAGAAGCCAUGGUUUAGUUGGUAAGCGUGAUGCAUUGUCAAAUAAAACCAAUGAACUAUUCAGUUCCAUAAGCAACAUAGGAACCGACAAGAGAGCCUUUGGAAAACUGAUAUGUUCUGAAUGCUGUGUCGGAGAAAUGUGUAACAACGCUGGAUGCGGAAAUACAGGGUAUCCCAUACCAAGAGGUCCAAAAUGCUACAACUGCAAGGAGCAGAAUGACACAAAUGAUUGCAAUAAGUUAACUAUGUGCAGCAGGGACGAGGUCUGCAUGCUUAUGACUACUCAGAACUCGGUGACGCAUGCUCAAAGAUACCAGUCUAAAUUUAAAGGCAAGCAAGUUGGAUACUUCUGA